CUUUGUGUGUAUUACACAAUUUCUUCGACCAAGCCAAGUAUAUGAGACACUCUGUGUCAGUCAGUUCCAUACUUGUUAAUCUUUGUGGGCAUCUAGUCACAAGGAUGAAGCUACAACUUUUUAUUGCAAGUGUUCUGAAGUAUUUGGUUCUUACCAAUCAAGAAGGAUGGGCACAACAGGCGGACGGAUUCGACCAGAGUUACUUGUAUGCCCUUCUCACCAAUACGACCCCUGAUUAUGAGGAUGAAAUGUAUUCUCCCUGCAGUGAAACUUUGCCUGGAUUUAACAGUGUGGGAAUGACCAUCACCUACAUUGUUGUGUUUGUCUUCAGCUUGGUCGGCAACAGUGUAGUUGUCUAUGUCGUUUGCUACAUGGAGAAAAGUCGAGCUAGCACAGACAUCUACUUGAUGCACCUGGCGAUUGCAGAUCUUCUCUUCACUCUGACCCUCCCCUUCUGGGCGGUCGAUGCUCAUUCUGGUUGGAUCUUUGGCACGUUCUCAUGCAAACUCCUGUCGGGCUUUCAGGAGGCCUCAGUAUACAGUGGUGUCUUCCUGCUCGCAUGCAUCAGCGUGGACCGCCACUUUGCAAUUGUGAGGGCUACACGUUUAAUAUCCUCCCAUCACCUGUUGGUGAAAGUGGUGUGCUGCGUGGUGUGGCUGGUGGCUGGAUUGCUCUCCUUACCUGUGGCAAUACAUCGGGAGAGCUUGCAUUAUAAAGGGUUUGACCGGUUCAUUUGCUAUGAAAACCUAACAGGCGAAAGCAGCGACAGGUGGCAUGUUGGCAUUCGCGUUAUGCGCCAUGCAGUUGGAUUUUUCUUGCCACUUGUAGUGAUGGCCUUCUGCUACGGCUGGACUAUGGUGACGUUGUGCCACACACGAAAUCAACAAAAGCAUAAGGCCAUGCGUGUCAUCCUGGCAGUGGUGUCAGCAUUUGUCCUGUGCUGGCUGCCAUACAACAUCACAGUACUGAUUGACACACUCAUUAAAGGUGGAUCGCUGAAAGUGGAGACGUGUGACACUCGCUACAGAGUUGAGGCCGUUCUGAAUGUGACCCAAGUGUUGGCCUUCCUGCACUGUGCAGUGAAUCCGGUGCUGUACGCCUUCAUCGGAGAGAAGUUUCGAAACGAGUUGCUCUCGGCUCUUUACAAACACGGCCUCAUCAGCAAGAGGAUCCUGAUGUCUUACAGAUCAGGCUCGGUUAACAGCGCAGGGAGCAGCAGAUCUAGAAACACAUCUGCCAGCUCCUGGUAGAGCAGCUUUUGACAGUCUCAGGUGGUGGGCAUUUUCCACUUUAAAGAGUAAAAUAAAAAAGAACAUUAGAGUAUAACUUACUUAACUUAAGGUCUAGAAGAAUGACAAAAUUCUGCAAGACCAAUAGUAAAGGUUAGCUUAAAAAAUAGGAAUCAUAAUCUGUAUACAGCUGUUGUACAUUUUCUGAAUUCUAAGAAAUGUCACUUGAAUGUCUGUAGCUAUGAUAAAUACACGGCUGAAGAUGGUCAAAAGCUAAUUAGCUUAGCUUCAUAUAAAGACUUAAACAGGGGUCAAUGGCUAUGGCAUCAAUGUUAUUGAUGAUGAGCCUGUAUUAAAAGAGCUUAGCUGUUCAUAAAGAAGCUUGUUUAACUUUUUGUAUUUUCUUUUUCUUUUCUUGAGAGCCGUCUUCUUAUUUUGCAAUGUGUUCCUUUAAACUUUGUUUUUUGACAAGAGGAAGUUUUUUUUAUGUUCCCACGUCACAAAGAAGAAAAAAUAAACUCGAAUUUUACGCAAACAGGUGUCUUAAUCACAACAGGAAAGGUGGAGAAAUCUGAUCUUUUUUGCAAAAACAAGGUACUUUAAGUCUCUUUGAUGACUCAUAUCAAUUCAAUAACAUCUGCAAGAUAAGUAUAAACAUGACAUUCUUCUUAUUAAUUAAUGCUUAUUAAUACACAUCUUCACAAAUUUUGCAGCAAAAGUGAUUGUUGCAAAAACAGUGAUAGGAUAUUUGUACAUUAUCUCAUGUGAAUAUAAAAUCAAUGAUGUCUCUUUUUAGUCAUUUUUAGUUUCUCUGUGUUAAAAAGUGUUUUAACUGUUGGUCUGAAAGGCAAAUAUAAAGACAGCCUACCUUAGACAGUAUACUGUAUGUAGCGCAGUGAGUGCUAAUUCCCAUUCAUCUACAGAGCUCAUAUAUGAAUAUUCAAGAUAUGGCCAGAUAGUGAUGUUGAUAUGUGAUGGUGUGAUGCUAAUAAAUAAUUUGUGAACUUUC